AUGGCACCCGGGAACAACCCGAACACAGUCCACCUGACUGAGCAGGAGGCGGAGCGGAUCCGGACCACCGUCCAGAACAACCUAGAUAACCGAUCCAAGCAGGCCGGUCAACCCCGGGAGCUGAGGGAUGCUCAUGGCGCCAUCAGCCAGGCUACCGGUGCCUCCCUCAUGCAGGACAUGGGCAACAUGACGGGAUCCGGUGGACAAGACACGCUCCCUGCCCUUGGCGUCGGACAGACAUACCCGCCAUGUGCAGUCUCAUUGCGAGACUUGGAGCCAAUGACUCUUGCCGAUCUCAAAAUGGAAACUCAUCACACAGGCCGCCGACUCAUCGUCAAGCGCGCAGCUCCAGUGGUCACGCACGCCGCCCGAUCAUGGACUAUGGUGCAAGACGAGGAGGCCAAGGAGACAGAGAGGUUGGAAAUUUGUCUUCACAAGACGAUGCACGGCGAGGAGAUCCUUGAGUCGGCAAAGACUUUCGAGAUCAAGGAGCCAUUCUUUACUCUCACCGAGGAGGGUGAGGCUACUAUCCGGAUCGACCAUCCUUCGGAUCUCGUCCCCAUCGUGGAUGAAGCACCAGGAGCGGACAAGAAAUCAGCCGAAGACAUGGCUAAGAAGUGCAAGGACUUGGGCAAUGAGGCUCUCGGGAAGAAGAAGCUUGGCCUGGCUCGUGCAAGAUAUACCCAGGGCCUGGAAUUUGCCAAGAAGGAUGCGGAGAAGACCGCAGACCUGGCCAGAGAUAUUGCCCGCAACCGCGCGCAUGUGAACCUUUUGCUGAAGCGAAACGAUGAAGCCAUCGCGGACGCCAAGACUUCUCUUAUUGGCAAGGACGACGAACGGUCCAAGGAGCUCGACAGCAAGGCUUACUUCCGUGCCGGUACUGGAGCGUACAACCUGGGAGAGUUUGAACAAGCAAAGGGCUUCUUCGAGAAGCAACUUGAGCUUGCUCCCGAAGAUAAGGGCGCAAAGGCGAACCUCAAGAGACUGGCUCUCCGUCUCAAAGAGCAAACGGAGGGCGGCCACGACUUUGCGAAGAUUAAGGCGAGUCUCUCCCGCGCUGCUCCGCGAGCUGAUGCGGCCACAUUCAACGGCAAGACGGUGGUCAAGGACAGCAAGGGACGCGGACGUGGUCUUUUCGCAUCCCGCGACAUUGGAAAUGGCGCAGUCAUCAUGGUUGAGAAGGCGUCCUCCGUUGUAUGGGGCCACGAGAGCGACGCUCUGACAGGAAUGACCUACGACAUGCGGGAUAAGAAGAUCAGGGUAUCACCUAUUGGUCUCACCAAGGUCAUCGCCCAGAACCUCCUGAACAACCCUUCUCGCAUCGCAAAGGUCAUGGAUCUUUACGGCGACUACACCGGGGACGCCAAGGCAAAGACCGAGACCGAAGAAGGCCCGGUCGUGGACGUCUUCAGGAUACACGACAUUGUCUGCCGCAACGCCUUCGGCGCGGAUGAUUCGCAUCUCGGGGGUGUCUCGAAGCCGAGCACCGGCCUCUGGGUCCGAGCCGCUUACAUCAACCACUCUUGCGUCCCCAACGCCAAGCGAGAAUUCGUCGGCGACCUGAUGGUGAUCCGUUCCCUCCGAAAGAUCAAGAAGGGCGAGGAAAUCUUCCACAGCUACGACGAGUCCGGCGAUUACGAGGCCAGGCAAGCGGCGUUGAUGACCACCUGGGGCUUCGAGUGUGGCUGCGCCCUUUGCGCGGCCGAGAAGACCGAUGAGCCCGCUGUGAGGAAGAAGAGGAACGAGUUGGUGGCCGAGGCAAAUGAGUUCGUCAGCAAGACGCACCCGUCUAACAACAAGCGUCUGACAGUUCUGAAGGCUCAACGUCUUGCAACUGCGAUCGACGAGACCUAUGCCGAUGAGAAGUUCAAGGGGCUGUCUCGUCCGGCAUCGGCGGGUAUCCGAGAGUGGCUUGCUAGAGCAGCCUAG